GAGCGCCUUUCGUUUUAAGGAGCCUUACUUCUGGGAAGGGGCAGGGAACUGUCAAUCAGCGAGGGAGGGAGCGCACCGGCGCCGGGUGAUGUCAGCGGAUCAGCUGCUCGCGAACAAAGAGGGGUUAUUACAGGAGAAAGUUGCGGCGGCGGCGGCCGCGGCGGCACCCCGGGGCCUCGGAGGCGAGGGGCAAGUGGGCGAAGGGAGGAGGGACGGCUGCGGCGGCGGCAGCAGCAACUGAAGGCCAAGGAAUUGAAAGGGCUGUAGGGGGAGGCAGUGCGAGCCAGCCCCGACUGCUCCUCCUCUUCCUCCUCCUCCUCCAAACUCGCAGGGUUCAGCCCCAGCGCUCGCCCAGCCGCCGGAGCACCCGGAGGGACGGGAGGCAGCCGCGCGGCCCGGAGCUGGGCAGGGUCCCCAGCCGCCAUGGAUAGCGACGACGAGAUGGUGGAGGAGGCGGUGGAAGGGCAGCUGGACGACGACGGGCUGCCGCACGGGCUCUGCACAGUCACCUACUCCUCCACCGACAGGUUCGAGGGGAGCUUCGUUCACGGAGAGAAGAACGGGCGCGGGAAGUUCUUCUUCUUCGACGGCAGCACCCUGGAGGGCUACUACGUGGACGACGCCCUGCAGGGCCAGGGCGUCUACACCUACGAGGACGGGGGCGUCCUGCAGGGCACCUACGUGGACGGAGAGCUCAACGGGCCGGCGCAGGAGUACGACACGGACGGGAGACUGAUCUUCAAGGGGCAAUACAAGGAUAACAUUCGGCAUGGAGUGUGCUGGAUCUACUACCCAGACGGAGGCAGCCUUGUGGGAGAAGUCAACGAGGACGGGGAGAUGACCGGCGAGAAGAUCGCCUACGUGUACCCGGACCAGCGGACCGCCCUCUACGGCAAGUUCAUCGACGGAGAGAUGAUAGAAGGGAAACUGGCCACGCUGACGUCCACGGAGGAGGGCCGGCCUCACUUCGAGCUGCAGCCUGGAAGUUCGGUGUUCCACUUCGACAAGUCGACUUCGUCUUGCAUUUCCACCGACGCUCUCCUUCCAGAUCCGUAUGAAUCAGAGAGGGUUUAUGUUGCCGAAUCUCUCAUUUCCAGUGCUGGGGAAGGACUGUUUUCCAAGGUCGCCGUGGGACCUAACACUGUUAUGUCUUUUUAUAAUGGAGUCCGGAUUACACACCAAGAGGUUGACAGCAGGGACUGGGCCCUGAAUGGGAACACCCUCUCCCUCGACGAGGAGACGGUCAUAGACGUGCCCGAGCCCUACCACCACGUGUCCAAGUACUGUGCCUCCUUGGGACACAAGGCGAACCACUCCUUCACUCCAAACUGUCUCUACGACGUGUUUGUCCACCCCCGUUUCGGGUCCAUCAAGUGCAUCCGCACCCUCCGAGCUGUGGAGGCCGACGAGGAGCUCACCGUGGCCUACGGCUAUGACCACAGCCCCCCGGGGAAGAGCGGGCCGGAAGCCCCCGAGUGGUACCAGGUGGAGCUGAAGGCCUUCCAGGCCGCCCAGCAGAAGUGAGGGGCCCGGCUCUGGGCUUCGGAGACCUGGAAGAGAAACUCGGAUCUAUGCACUACGUUCAUCCAACGACGGGACAACCAGGGACUGCUCGUGCUGCGACAUCACCUCCUCUCACUCCGCGUCCGCGACCCUCUCGCACUCUAACUAGGUUUGACUCUAUCGCUCAUACCAGACUUAAACUUAGCUAGCCUUGCAGCAGCGCCCUGCAGAGAGGGACGGCCGAGCACUUGGCACAGCAUGAUGUUCUUGGGUGGUUCAAGUCCAAGCCUGGACCCCGCUCAGAGAUGCCAAAUGAUCAGACUGUCAAAGGGAAAGGGGGUUUUUCAGUCAUUUUUAGUCCGUGGUUUUUCCAUGAUGUUUUUCCCUAUGGCCAAUGCAAAGUGUGUUGUCAGCACACCUGCAGGCGGGCCAUAGGGAGGAUAGAGAAUUACUACAUUUUUAUUCUCUAAAUGUAGUAUAAUUUGCCUUUUAACCUUUGAUCUGUAUCUUGCAAUAGAAUGGCUUUGUUUCUUUUCCCUAGCGAA